GGCACUGUAUAAUUUUACGUUUCAUUGACUUUCUCCUCACAACUUCAAAUGUGGGUCAUUGUAUGUUAUGACCUCGCAUACGUUUUUAGCAAUGUUUUCAUAAACGAAAGAUCACUAAACUUGGUAUAUUAAAGAUAUAUGUUUCAAAACAAAUUUUGUCUGAAAUAAACUGAACCACUAUAAAACUGAACCACUCGCACUAGGAGGAAGUGUUGGUGAUAUUUGAAGUUGACAUGGGGGUGGAACAUUGGACUACGCUUUUUGUCGUUGUUACAAUUCUAUUUCCCAAAGGCGUACAGAUGUGCGUAAGAAAUCCAGCCUGCGGUUUUCCCUCGCAGUUUCCAAUGGUUACGAUUACAGGAAGUACAACUUAUUCGCCCCCUGAUCCUAUAACACUGGAAUGCAAGACAUCUUCAGAUGUGAAAAACAUUCGUUGGGACAGAUUGAACCGUGCUGGUGAAACAAAAAUGCUGAAUAGUACACAUUUUAAUCGCUCUGCCUCUGGUCUCGGCCGGCUAGCUACAUUGAAAGACACCCCUUCGCCUUCAGUAGAAAAUUUUCCAUAUUCUUAUCGAUGUGUUGCAAUCACAAAAUGCUGCGUGAAAUUCAAUUCAAAUUCUGUUACGGUGAAUUUAAUGCAACCUACUACAGCAACACCAACGACGAAUAAUACCAAGUCAACUUUAAGCAUCUAUGGAAUAGACACAACAUUAGUUGGAAAAAAGUAUAAUGGUUUCGGCAAAGUUCAUGUACAUUGCAAUGGCCAGGGAGAUAAUUACACUAGGGUUUAUUGGAUAGUAACCGCUGAUUCCAACGGCAAAAACGAGACUGUAAAUUCAACCGGUUCUAAUUUUGUUCAGGCAAAAGUAUGGCAGGCCUGGUUGUUGUACCAGCCGAAAAACAUGACAGAGACUUACGUUUACCAGUGUGUCGUGGAAAACAAAUGCUGUGAAAGGCAAAUUAAAAGCCUCAAAAUUCCCUAUUCCCGACCGGCCAAGGAUUGCCCAUUUCUUCAUAAAUUUCUUCAUGUAAGAGUAACGCCUAUUCCGUCAAAGCGUUCAGUUAGAUUAACUUGGAUUUACGACCCUGAUCCUAAAGAUAAAGGUUUUAUAUUUCAAGUUGAAAACUUUGCUAUAAAGGAGUUAAAUAUUACAACUCGAGAAUACGUAUUCCGUGGAUUAGUUCCAUUUAAAUGGUACAUAUACAAAUACAACAUUCGAUAUGGAGAUGAUUGCAAAUUACCUUUAGAUAGUGUCGGUAAAUUCCGAACACUGCCCGACAUACCUAGCGAGGCUCGAAAUAUUUCAUUGGCGGUCAAAGCGAAUGCACUCAACGUAACAUGGGAGCCGCCAAAAUAUACAAAUGGUAUAUUCCAGCAUUACACAGUACUGUGGAAAAAAACUGGUUUGGGAGAGAAAUACGCAGAGAGAAAUGUCACCUCCACAAAUCUCAUUAUAGAAAACUUACUUGGCUAUACUUCAUAUGAUGUCAACGUGCGUUGUGUAAAUCACGUUGGGACUAGUAAUAGUUCGAAACCAAUCUCAGCUACAACUGAAAAAGGACUUGGACCAUACAUUCGUAUUCAGACGAUCAGUUCGCAAUUAGUCGCCAAUAAUUUCACUGGAUUUGGUAAAGUGGAUAUAACAUGCACUGGGGAAGGAAAUAAUAGAACAAAGAUCCGCUGGGUCAGAAUAAGUAGAAACGGCAACAAUAUCACUUUGAAUACAACUCACUUUGACUGGACUAACAGCGAUGGCAGCCGAAGUGGUACAUGGAAAGCCGUGUUGUUUGAUAAUCCGCGAGAUCGAGACAAAUUUCCUUACAAAUACCUUUGCGUUGUGUUGAACCAUUGUUGCUUAAUGAAAACUUCAUCCCCACUAACCAUAAAUCACACUUUUCAAACAGCUCACAGUUGCCCAACGUCAGGAGUAACAAAGCCAAUACGUGUCGACGUUUUUCCAAAUAGACGUUCAGUAAAAUUUUCUUGGGAAUACCAUAAUGAUCCAGAAGACAAUGCUUUCCGAUUUACAGUUGGUCAAAUACAAACCGAAAAAUUGGACGUCAGUCAGCGGGAAUACCAAGUUUAUGAUUUGGUACCGUACACAGUGUACAAUUACAGCUACGGAAUACUUUAUGGGCCUGGAUGCGAAACAAAGACUUUGAGUGGUCAAUUUAUUACUUUAUCAGAUUAUCCUGGCAUACCUCGAAACGUAGUGGUAAAUGUCGAAGGAAAUUCUCUUUACAUAUCAUGGAUGCGACCUGAAUACCUAAAUGGCAAAUUUAAACAUUAUGUAUUGUCUUGGAAAAGGAGCUCUGAAGAAUAUUCGAAAGUCAACGUCACCUCAACACAAUAUUUAAUAAGAAAUUUAGAUGAAAUUGGUGCGUACUCAAUUAAACUCCAGGCAGUUAAUGAUGUAGGCAUUGGAAACAGCUCUGCUUCUGUAUCGGCAGAAAUUGCCGCUCCAGCUGGACGAUCUGAAUCUCAAAGUUCUAACGCUGGGGCUAUCGCAGGUGGUACAAUUGCGGCACUACUAGUCGUGAUAUUUGCCCUGCUGGUCUUGUAUCAACUACGAAAAAGAAACUUGCAGAGAGAGCGCAGCAAGUCAAUCGAGAAAUUUCACUCUUGGCAUCUUAAUCGUGUCGACAAUCCAAACAACAGAGAUAGUAUGGUCACAAAACAACAAUCGUGCAGUAACAAUGCUGAAGCAUUGCCUGCGAAGCAAGAUGUGGAGGAAAGCAUUUCAUAUAUUGUUUUGCUUGAGUCUUGGGAGAUCGCACCAGAUAAACUCAAGUUGCUGGACAAAAAACUAGGAGGAGGGCAAUUUGGAAUUGUUAAACAAGGAUUAUUAACAAUUGACAAAGGAGAUCCUGAGAUUGUUGCUGUAAAAGCGUUAAAAAGUGGUGCCAGUGAGACUGAUCUCCAAGAUUUGAUGACGGAACUAACAAUACUGAAGGAAGUGAACAAAAUUCCUCACCCUAAUGUCAUAAAAUUAAUUGGUGGCUGUACAAUAGAAGGAAAGCUCCAUGUAAUUACGGAAUUUUGUCCUGGUGGAAGUCUACGAAGUUUACUGAUCAACAGUCGAAUUGAACGCAAAGAAGAGCACCUUCCAUUUACGUAUGUUAACUUGGCGUCGACCUUAAAUCAUCGUCAAUUGCUAAAAAUCGCUGCAGAUAUUUCAAGUGGAAUGAUCCAUCUUUCUUCCCAGAAGUUUGUUCAUCGUGAUUUGGCCGCAAGAAAUAUUCUUAUUGGUGACGAUAACUUGGCAAAAGUUUCUGAUUUUGGUUUGGCAAGAGAUGUUGGUGGCGCUGAGGAAUACAUAAGAAACAAUCAGAAUUUGCUUCCCGUAAAAUGGAUGGCUCUGGAAAGUCUCCUUCAUGGUCGUUUUACAACUGCUAGUGAUGUGUGGAGUUUUGGCGUACUUCUUUAUGAAAUCACAACACUAGGAGAGGAGCCUUACAAAAACAUUUCCCCUUACAAUAUCGUUAGCCAUGUGGGGUCUGGUUGUCGCAUGUCACAGCCGCAACAUUGUUCUGAUGAAGUGUACGAAAUAAUGUCAAACUGUUGGAAGGUUGAGGCUUCAGAGAGACCAACAUUUGAGGAAAUACAUGAAUUGCUUAAAAACAUGUUGCUGGAUAAUGAGAAAUCCUACAUAAAUAUUGCUAACGAAAUAGCAGACGAAGGUUCACUGAGAAGUGCAAUUGGACGAAACAACGGAUCAAACAAAGACGGAUCAAUAAGAUACACUACUGCUUAAUAAAAUUCACAACAAGGACAUAGGCUGGAACCUUGGAUACAGUCUUUGUUCAUGGGUCAUUUUGUUUUGUGUUUCCAAGAACCCUUCCACAGUGUUGCAAUAAUCGCAAAUUAAAUCACCUCGUUAAAUGUAGCUACGACUUUUUUCCAAUGCGCAAUGUAAACCAAAAUUUUCUCGAAUAUUUGCCCCAAAGAAAAAAAUUGAACGAGACUUACGCAUUUCUUUAAUAGUAUUGAAAAAGUCUUUAGCACAACGACCAAAGUCACCCUUGAGCAACUUUUACUGAAUAUAAUCUCAAAGAUUUGUCAUCACUUGUACCUUUUCUUGAGUUUAGAACUCAGCAAUUUAGCAACAUAACGGAAUUGCCGUUAUCAAGUUACAAAUGUUUUAAAUAUCAUGAAACACAUCAUAGUGUUGUCUGGAAUACUUCGAAUUUUAUACAAACGCAAAUCUUCGCAGAUACCCCAACCACGUUCAUACGUAUAGUUUAUGUAAGCCUUAUUAAAAAUACAUUCAUAUUAUCAGUAGACAAUAUCUAUGUACACUUGUAAUGCAAUUCCUUCGAAAAGAUUAUAAUAAA